GCCAUUUACAUAAAUCUCCACUCAACGCGAAAAGGUUGAACUUUCGGCCGUACAGCAAUUCGGCUGUAAUCGGUCAGCGUGUAGUCUAGGCCCGGUAGGAAGAACCAAAUUGGGAAGCGUCGGGGCCGUUCUCUAAUCUAGUAACACGAGUGCUCCUCGUUGCUUUGUCUCUUGGCCUUUUACUGCCAUCUCCCUACUUUCAUCCGCUGAAGCUUAUCAUGAGUGCCUCAUCUCCUUACAGCGACUAUUUCAGACGCCGUACCAUUGGACGAGCCGCUUCGCCGCCGACUUGGGCUUGCUACGAGCAAAUUCCAUACGACGAAGAUUACAGCGACAGCGAUUCUGAGCCAUGCUCUGAAGACGAUGAGGAUUAUCACAACGCUAGUGCUGACAAUGAGCAUAUGAAUGACUUGGAGCACGAACAGGCUGGACAUCGGUUGCCCGCAGAUGACUCGAACGACCUUGAUAUGGAUAUCGAUGAAGGCACCGAUAAAAUCGAAGGCAUUGAGAAGGAGACAUCUACAGAGCCGCAGAAGGACGCGAAAGGGAAGCAGAAAGCAAUAGAGGCAGAGGUCGAGGCCGAGCCUCCAAAGAGGCAUCAUCGCAGGAGACAGCGUCACAAUACGUAUACUCUUCGCCCUAUUCUGACAAUCCAACGAAGCCAAGGUUUCGUCUGGAAUCAAGAUCUUUUCAUUCCUCCAUACAUCAAAGACAGAUAUGUAGCCUCAACGUCUCCCCCUAAUUCUUCUGGAUUUAUAUCUACGUCUGUGUCUUCUACGAAUUCUGCGCUGACCGACUACGAAAUUGAGGUCGUCGAAAUUCGGGUUCAGGAGGGCGAUUUAGAGCACAUUAUUCCUUGACUUCACACAUUCCGUUACAUAUUGCCACAACAUAUUUUUGUCGAACUUUUCUUGAAUUUACCUCUUCCCCUGCUCAAAUCAAUCAAAACAUUUUUUCGGACACCAUAGGUGCAACAGAACUGAUUUCAGAUAUGAUAAAUAGGAUGCUUCUCUCCCCUCCUCUCCUCUGAACUGUCAUUACAACCAAAGCUUUGAUGUCUCUACAUAAUCUUACCCUGUCAAUAACUCAUUUGAACAUACCCGAGUACGACGUCCUCACAAUCCGUGUGUCUGGUGGCUUCACCCUCAAGAGGACGUGGAAUAAGGAGGCAUUUUUUGUUCUUCGGAUAAGUACAGUGCUUGAAGAAAGGAAGG